UGAGGUCGUAUUAGGAAGGGGCAGUGAGUGAAAAGCGUACUUAUUUGGAUUAUUCGCUCAAACAGAGUAAGAAAAUAUUCUCUCACAGUGUAAAUAGUUAUUGUUUGUUUUCGUGUCUGUAGUGGCCGGCAUACGCGGACUGUGUAAAAUGAAGGGGAAGGAACGGUCGCCGGUAAAAAAGCGUUCACGGGCCUUGGAUGAGAUCCGAGAUAGAGGAGGGAACCACCCAACCAGCAAGAAAAUGGGGGCUCUUUCUGCCUCUGGAGGCAGCAAUAACGGUAACAGCUCGGCGAAAAGUGAAGGGGGUUCGGCCCGGAGAAGUUUACUCGGCGAAAAGAGAGAGAGUCGGGAUUUUGAUGGACACGCUUCUAGCCGAACUGGGAGUAACCACAGCUACACCAGUCCUGCUGCGAGUUCCAGCAGCAAGAACCACAACCCCAGCCUGGCGCUCGAGCCCGCUGCGCGGACCAACUCGCGCGCUGAGCCACGACCCCCGCUUCCCAAUAACGAGAGUGAGUACAAGACCCUUAAAAUUAGCGAAUUGGGCUCACAACUGAGCGAUGAGGAAAUUGAGGAUGGACUCUUUCACGAGUUUAAGAAAUUCGGGGACGUCAGUGUAAAAAUAAGCCGAAUUAACGACGAGAGGGUGGCCUUCGUUAACUUCAGACGGCCUGAAGAUGCGCGAGCGGCCAAACACGCGCGUGGACGAUUAGUGCUGUAUGACAGGCCGCUAAAAAUCGAGGCUGUGUACAUUAAUCGGAGGAGGAGUCGCUCUCCCAUUGAGAAAGAUCCAUAUGCAGCUGUUGCUGGGCACAGACAUUUGCAUACCCAGAGACCGCUGUCUCCAACAGGUUUGGGAUACAGAGACUACAGGCUGCAGCAGUUAGCCCUGGGCCGCCUCCCCCCUCCCCCGCCGCCACCCCUGCCCCGAGACCUGGAGAGGGAACGGGAAUACGCUUUCUUUGAGGCUCGUGCGCGCCCCGCCUACAUCGCUGAACGCGCCGCUUUCCGCGAAGAAGAGUUUAUCUCGCCAGAGGAUGACCAGAGGGCGAAUAGAACGUUGUUUCUGGGCAACCUGGAUAUCACAAUCACGGAGAACGACCUCAGGAGGGCGUUUGACAGGUUCGGCGUGAUCACGGAGGUCGACAUCAAGCGGCCCAGCAGGGGGCAAAGCAGCACCUACGGCUUUCUCAAGUAUGAAAACUUAGACAUGGCGCACCGGGCCAAGCUGAGCAUGUCCGGCAAGAUCGUGGGCCGCAACCCCAUCAAGAUCGGCUACGGCAAGGCCACGCCCACCACCCGGCUGUGGGUCGGCGGGCUGGGGCCGUGGGUGCCCCUGGCGGCGUUGGCGCGCGAGUUCGACCGCUUCGGCACCAUCCGGACGAUCGACUACCGGAAGGGCGACACGUGGGCCUACAUCCAGUACGAGAGCCUGGACGCGGCCCAGGCGGCCUGCACCCACAUGCGGGGCUUCCCCCUGGGCGGCCCGGAGAGGCGGCUCCGGGUGGACUUCGCCGACACCGAGCACCGCUACCAGCAGCAGUUCCUGCAGCCCCUGCCCCUGCCGCACUACGACAUCGUGGCCGAGUCGUUCGUGCACCGCGCGGCCCCCGAUGCGCUGCGGGUGCGGGACAGGAGCCCCCCGCCCCCCCUGCACUUCCGGGAGCGGGAGCUGUACCCCGGGGCGGAGUGGGCGGCCCCGGGCGUGCGGGAGCGGGGCCGGCCCGCCGCGUUCGAGGCGCUGGAGCACCUGGAGCGGGAGCGGCGGCCGCGGGAGGCCUGGUCGCUGGAGCGCGAGCUGCAGAGCCGCGACCCCGCCCGCAAGCGCCGCCUGCCGGAGGACGGCCGCCCGCCGGACCGCUCCCCCGACGCCCUGCGGCGCCGCCACGCGCCCUCCCCCGACCGCUCCCCCGACGCCGGCCGCUUCAGCGACUCGGAGCGCCCGCCCCGCCUCGACCGCCCGUCCCCCCCCGACCGCCCCCUCGCCGACCGGCACCUCAAAGCGCCGCCGGGGGCCGAGCCGGGCGCCGGCGCCCCCCCGGGAGGUGACCGGAAGCGUAGGACGGGGCCCGGCGAGGCAGGGAAGGGCCCCGCCAAAAAGGAGCGCCUGUCGGACCCGCCUGGCUCCUCCAAGGGCUCCCAGGGGCCCAAGCAGGACGGCGGCGGGCAGAAGCUGGGCCUGGCCUGGCAGGGCAUGCUGCUGCUGAAGAACAGCAGCUUCCCCACCUGCAUGCACCUGCUGGAGGGGGACCUGGCCGUGGCCCGCGGCCUGCUGCUGGACGGCUCCACGCGCGAGCAGGUGGGCCAGCUGAAGAUCACCCAGCGGCUGCGUCUGGACCAGCCCAAGCUGGACGAGGUGACGCGCCGCAUCCGGGCCGCGGGGCCGGGCGGGUACUCCGUCCUGCUGGCGGUCCCGGGCGGGCCGGACGAGCCCUCCCCCUCCGACCCCGCCUGCUCCACCCAGCGGCCGCUGCGCAACCUGGUCUCCUACCUGAAGCAGAAGCAGGCCGCCGGCGUCAUCAGCCUGCCAGUGGGGGGCGCCAGAGACAAGGACAACGCGGGCGUCCUGCACGCUUUCCCCCCCUGCCACUUCUCGCAGCAGUUCCUGGAUUCCUCCUCCAAGGCGCUGGCCAAAACGGAGGAGGACUACCUGGUGAUGAUCAUUGUGCGCGGGGCCUCGUAGUGGGGAGGCCACGCCGCACGGGGAGCGCACACGGGCCCUGUGAACGCGCCGCGGGGGAGCGCACACGGGCCCUGUGAACGUGUCUGGAGCACUGCAUGCACUGUCCUGCGUUAUGGGAUGAGGCAAUCUUAGCAGGGAACGGCCGUACACGAUUUUCUUUUGCCAGACAGAAUCCACACUCCUGUAAGUGCGUGUCAGUGACGUGUGAAUGUAGUUAUUUGGGACACAGUUGGUAAACAGGUUCUGCAGUUUAAAGGGUCAGUGUCAUGCAUGGUAACUUGAAAUAGUCUAUUAGUGAACCACAUAGUGUAAUUGAAUAUAAUUAUAAUAUAACAUGCCUAGUUAACGCCUUUUUGACUCGAAUUGUCCAAUUAUUAAAAUUAUAAUAAAGCUAAAAGCACAGUUUGGAUAUGUUCUUUAAAGCUAUAAUUUAAAGGUAGAAUCACAGACCAUUAGAGUAGCCGCCUUCCAAUGACAAUAAUAACCUUUCUUCAUGCUUUUGAUCUUGGUGUUGGUGUUCAUACGUCCAUAAGCACCAAGUCCUGGGUUUCCAUGACACGACACCCUGUUUGAACUGAUAAUUAGCAGAUGGGAAAGUGAUGUAUGUGAGCCGGGUCACGCUCUUUUUCAGAUUAAUCCUCAGAGGGUUCGCGCCGUACUGUCUCUGGCUGCAGAUUGCCCAUCCCAUAAUAAUCCAUGUGGUACUCCCAUGACGACCGUGUCAGUCAGGUAGCCUGUAGAACACAGAAAUCUGGAGCCGGCUUUGAAUGAUGUUUUGCAGGAUACUGCUGUACUGGAUAGAGCCCAGUUCCUGAGAUUUGCACCAUUAUUUUCAUGUUAACUGACCUGGGAUGAAAAGAAAAAUGUUAAAAAUCUGCCGUCAGAUUAUUUGUGAAAUUGUGGGUUUGGGGGGGGGGGGGGA